GCUCCUUUGCCCACCAUUUCACCCUUCAAGCCUCUCUCUCUCUCUCAGCCAUGAUCAUGAGAACCUUUCCUAAGGUGAUUCUUGCUCUGAUCAUCCUAUGUUUCAGCAACAACAAAAUUUUGUCACAUGCAGCUGACACCCUUUCUCCAAACCAAACUCUCUCCGGUGAUCAAACCAUCGUUUCCUCGGGUGGAAAUUUCGAGCUCGGGUUUUUCUCUCCAGGUAAAUCUUCCAACUACUACAUAGGCAUAUGGUACGGAAAAAUCACUGAGAAAACUGUGAUCUGGGUUGCCAAUAGAGAAGCUCCCAUUUCAGACAAGAACUCUGCCCAACUCAAGAUAUCAGAUGGUAAUCUGAUGCUUGUAAACGAAUCCCAAAUCGAGGUUUGGUCAACUGGUUUAGGUGCCACAGAUUCAAGAAGUUCUGCAUCUGCUGUGCUUCUUGAUGAUGGGAACUUGGUUUUAAGACAAGGGUUAGGCUCGAAUUCUUCAUCUCCGGCACUAAAUUUAUGGGAAAGUUAUAAUAACCCUUCUCAUACAUGGAUGCCUGGUGCAAAAAUUGGGUAUAACAAGAUUACUAAAAAGAAGCAAAUUCUUACAUCAUGGAAAAACUCAGAGGAUCCUGCUCCUGGAUUGUUCACACUCGAGCCGGAUCUGAAUAAGAGCCAAUAUGUAAUAAGGAGGAAUAAUAGUGAGCAGUAUUGGGCUAGUGGAGCUUGGGCUGGUGUGGUUUUUAGUGGAGUGCCCGAAAUGAGGACGGCUCUUAAGAAUGGCUACAAUUUCACCUACGUUGACAAUGAGAAUGAGAGCUAUUACAUGUACACCAUUCGUGAUCCAUCAAUUAUCUCAAGGCAGAUUAUGGAUGUGUCGGGGCAAGUGAAGCAGCUACUGUGGGUGGGAAAUAGCUGGAACGUGUACUGGUCUGUGCCGAAACAGUGUGAAGUUCCUGCUUAUUGUGGAGAGUUUGGUGUGUGCACUGAGCCCUCAUUUCCAUUCUGUAGUUGUUUGAGGGGAUUCAAGCAUAGGUUUGAAGAUGAAUGGGAGUUGAAUGAUUUCUCUGCUGGUUGUGUGAGAGAGGAUGCUUUGGAGUGUGGGGAUGCUGAUAGGAGAAAAGAUGAGUUUAUGAUGAGUCCUGGCAUGGGGUUGCCUCAGUACUCUCGACUGUUGAGGGUCAAGAGCAGAGGCGAAUGUGAAUCUGCCUGCUCAAGUGAGUGCUCUUGCACGGCUUAUGCAUAUGAUGAAGGCGGAUGUUCGCUUUGGGAUGGAGGCAUAUUGAAUCUGCAAUGGGUUGGUGAAGGAAAUAGCAGUGGGAGGACUAUCUACAUUAGACUUUCUGCUUAUUCCUCGGUGUUCCGAGGCCAAAAGAGUGAUAAGGGUGUCAUAAUUGGUGCUGCAGUGGGUUGUUCUGUGGUUGCGUUGGUCAUGUUAACAGUUUUGGCUGAACUGUGGAAGAGGUGGAGACGAAGUGUUGAGACAAAUAAAGUGGUGGAGGGUUCUCUGGUGGCCUUUAAAUACAAAGAUUUGCAGAAUGUAACUAAGAAUUUCUCAGAUAAGUUGGGUGGAGGGGGUUUCGGAUCGGUUUAUAGAGGAACUUUACCUAAUUCAACAGUUGUGGCUGUGAAGAAACUUGAGAGCGUUAACCAAGGCGAGAAGCAGUUCAGGGCAGAAGUAGGCACCAUUGGCACAAUCCAACAUGUGAAUCUUGUUAGGCUUCUUGGAUUAUGUCGUGAAGGUGAGAAGCAGUUGUUAGUCUAUGAGUACCUGCAAAAUGGUUCCUUAGAUUUGCAUCUCUUCAAAGUUGAUGAGUCUAAGGUUUUGGAGUGGAGCACGAGGUAUCAGAUCGCACUGGGAAUAGCUAGAGGCCUAGUGUAUCUCCAUGAAAAGUGCAGGGACUGCAUCAUUCACUGUGAUAUAAAGCCGGAGAACAUUCUUCUUGAUGCUGACUUCUGUCCCAAGGUGGGAGAUUUCGGCUUGGCAAAGCUCAUUGGUCGUGAUUUCAGCCGGGUUCUGACAACAAUGCGAGGAACUAGAGGUUACCUUGCACCUGAGUGGUUAUCAGGAGUUGCCAUCACAACUAAAGCAGAUGUAUACAGCUAUGGGAUGUUGCUAUUUGAGCUUGUAUCAGGAAGGCGAAACACAGAUCUUUCAGCUGAUGAUACUGCUAACUUCUUCCCUUCAUUGGCUGCAACUGUGACAGUAAAUGGAGGUGACAUACUUGGUCUUCUAGACCCUUCGUUGGAAGGAGAUGCUGAUGAAGAAGAGGUGUCGACAAUAUGCAAAGUCGCUUGCUGGUGUGUUCAAGAUGAUGAACAUAUGAGACCUUCCAUGAGCCGUGUUGUGCAGAUUCUUGAGGGAGUUGUGGCUGUAAGCUCGCCUCCGAUUCCACAGGGUCUCAAAGUCCUUUUAGCUGCAAGACCGGAACAACUAUUGUUCUUCAUUGAUUCCUCCACAACAGCAAAUUAGUUCUGUAGAUAAAAUAUAUCAAUUUUUCAAUAUUUUCAUAGUACUUUCAAUAUGUAUCUCAAUAGUAUGUUUGGAGAAAUAAACUGCAUAACUUGAAUAAAGAGGUCAUUUAUUAACAAC